AUGGAAGGGUCUGACAGUUCAGAGCAGAGCGGCAGUGACCAGCCGGAGUCGCAGCGUAGGAGGCAGCUGGAUCGUCUUGACAGAGAAGAAGCCUUCUACCAAUUUGUCAACAAUCUCAGUGAUGAGGACUAUCGUCUCAUGAGAGACAAUAAUCUUUUGGGCACCCCAGGGGAGGCAACUGAGGAUGAGCUACUUAGUAGACUUCAGAAUAUCAAGAAUGGUGCAGAGCAACAAAGUGAAGCGCCCAGCACUGAAAUUGCAGAGGAUCCAAGAGAACAACCUGAAUCGUCUGAAGAUCCUGCCAAUGGCGAUAGUCUCCUGGAAUGGCUGAACACUGUUAGGCGCACAGGCAACACAACUAGAACUGGCCACCGUGGAAACCAGUCAUGGAGGGCAGUAAGUCAGACCAACCCGAACAGUGGAGACUUUCGCUUCAGCCUGGAAAUCAGCGUGAAUCGCAAUUUAGCUGAGCAGCAGGCAGCUGCAGAGGGAGAGCAACAGCCUGUUGAGUCUCAAUCAGUGGAAGGAAAUGCGGAACCACCUGUUCUCAUGGAGACGGGGGUGGUAGAAGAACCAGUGGUUGAGGAAAUGGCUGUUAUAGUAGAACCAGAGCCGGAACCUGAACGGGAAGAGGUUGUUUCAAAUGAGACUCAGGAAGAACCAGCAGUCCCACCAGUUGUUGUGCCAGUUCCACCUACACUUUCUUUGUCUCUGCGUAGGAGGGCUCGAAGCCGCAGCUCAGAACCAUGCAGAACCAGGGCUCGUACAGCCAGAAGCCGCUCCCCUCUCCGGUCAGAUCAGCCAGGAGAGCUCCCUAGUCCCCGCUUUGCUCAUACUUCCCAAGCACCUAUGACCGAUACCAGCCCUCCACCUGCCCCUCAAUUGGAGGGUAGUUCUCGGACUCGACAGCAUGUCGUUUCUAGACCAAGUGCUGCUGAGAGCAAUAUUCAGCAGCCCAGGGUUGAAAUUGAACAUACACCUGAGACACAAAGUGUUGCCUCUCCUGAAGGUGAAGCUGGAGUUGAAGGGGGUGCAGCUGGACGACGCCCUCCUACUAUCAUGCUGGAUCUCCAGGUGCGUCGUGUGCGUCCAGGCGAGUAUCGCCAGAGGGACAGCAUUGCCAGUCGUACCCGUUCUCGUUCACAGAACUCAAACAACACAUUUCUUUAUGAAAGUGAGCGCGGUGGGUUUCGUAGGACUUUCUCACGUUCUGAACGCGCCGGUGUGCGGACCUACGUCAGCACAAUUCGUAUCCCUAUCCGCAGAAUCUCUGAUGCAGGUUUGGGAGAGGCGACCUCAAUGGCUCUCCAGUCUAUGAUUCGACAGAUCAUGACAGGCUUCGGUGAGCUCGGCUACCUCAUGGAUUCAGACUCCGAUUCUUCCGAUUCCAACCGUGGAGCCAACGCAUCUGCGGAUUUGACUGAAAACUCCAAUAACACAGACGCUGCCACUCCUGCUGCUCCUGUUGUUGAUGAACCAUCCGUUCCCGCUGGUGUCAGAGCAAGGACAGUUGAUACCGAUAUGGAUGAAGGACUUCCCACUGCUCCACCAACCCCCGGUAGCAGGGCUCGACCCAGACCUCCAAUUAGCCUCGAGGAACCAAGCUCAUUGCCACUCCUCCGACUGGCUCACUUCUUUCUAUUAAAUGAUGAAGAUGAGGACCAACCCCAAGGGCUGACCAAAGAACAGAUAGAUAACCUCGCCAUGCGCAACUUUGGUGAGAAUGAUGCCUUGAAGACUUGUAGUGUGUGUAUAACAGAGUAUGCAGAAGGAAACAAGCUCCGCAAACUUCCGUGCUCCCACGAGUAUCACGUGCACUGCAUCGAUCGCUGGUUGUCGGAAAAUUCCACCUGUCCUAUCUGUCGCAGGGCUGUUCUGGUGUCUACCAAUCGAGAGAGCGUGGUGUAG